UCCUGGUCCUCAGCUCCGCCUCGCCUCGAUCUGGCCGGACAGGGGAAACACUUCUCAGUUAAAGAACAAAAGCAACAACGGACAGACCGAGGAGGACGAAGUAACGGCGACUCCAGUUCAGACCCGAACCUCACGGAUUGAGAGAUCCGUGUCCUCCGCGGCAAGAACUGGCCGACGACUGAACUCAUACGAAAGGCGACAAACUUGGUCGCCUCGCAUCUUUGUAUUCCGCCCGUAAAUCGUCGAGGUGCUUGAUAAAUAAGACAAGGGUCAAACAGACAGACAGACGGUAUUGUUUCCCUGGUCUUCCUCUAAACUUCGGCUGUAAAAAGCGAAGUGGCAGAAGGGAAACUCCGGGUUUCCUUUGUUUUCUCUUCGCCCAAACGGACUUCGGGGAGAAAGGGUUGUUUUGGCGUUUUCGGUUUCUGUUGUGGGAUCUGCCUUUGUGAGGAGGCUACACUUAUCUUUCGGGACUGAGUACUUGGAAGUGGAACAAAGCCCGACUGGGAAGGGGUGAGAAAUAGACGGUGAAAGGCCUUGACAUCCCAGAUGGCAACCUACAGUGAACAUAAUGGCAGAAAUGGACUAUUUGUGGGCAUGAAGGGGUCUUUCGAAGGAAAAGCAACAAAGACAGAAUGUGAAGGAAAGCUUGAAGCUAAACGGCCCUCCAAGGAUUUGCGCCACUCUGCCAGCUCAGCAGAGAGCAACGCAAGCGGUGUGGCUAGUUUCACCACUAACCACAACUCUGUUGUUUGUCUGCCUCUGGUGUCAGAGGGACUGAAACUAGUAUGGACACAGUCUGAUCAGACCCGUGAACUUGACACAAUCCCAGAGCUGGUCCAAGCCUUUAACUUAUUUCCGUACCCAUCAUCCCGUGAGGUUAACACCCUGGCCCGGCUAUGUUCCUUGCCGCUGGACAAAGUUAAGGUGUGGUUUAUGGUGCAGAGAAUUAAAUAUGGGAUCAGCUGGUCUUCAGAGGAGAUAGAGGAGACACGGCGGAAGCUAGCAGUACCUGAGCUUUAUGUUGACUCUACUGAAACAAAUGAGGAAGGCAAAACAAACGACAAGAGUGAAAUUUGUGAGGAACUGGCAAUUGAGGAAAAGGAUAGCGAUGAAGUAGAGGGUGCUCUCACCAGCAUCACCCCCCAGAAAGUGAAACCAAAGUGUGAGUCACCAGAUUCCUAUAAACCAGCCAAACCCUCUGUCCCAUGUUUCAGUUCCACCCUUCCACCUCCUCAGGAUUCAUACUUCUACCGCCCACCAGCAGACACGCCAGCAAGUACAGCAACUGAUGUCUCCCUUGACCUUUCAGAGUCAUCUUCGCGGCAGCACCGUCAUGGGCGCUACAAAAAGUCUAAAGCUCAGCUCGCUGCUCUUCGAAAGAGCUUCCUGAGAGAGAACUGGCCUGCAGAGGCAGAGCUCAGACGUUUGCAGGAAGAAACUGGGCUGACCCGCAAUGACAUUCGUAAAUGGUUCAGUGACAGCCGUUACCAGCUUAGGGUUGGCCGAGGAAGCCUGGCAGCAGCCCAGAGCUAUUCUAAACACCCUGCUGUGGGGGGUAAACAUGAUCAACAAACUCAACCUCUUCCACUUAUUACUCAAAAGACUCGUCAUCCUAAUAGUGUGAAGGGCAGUGAGGCAGCACGUAGCAACGGGACUAAAAAUUCACAUUUCUUUCAGACCUUUUUGUCAAACACCCUGGAAGCCUUUGGGGAAAGGGUCCUUGAAACAGAAGAGUGUGAUGCUAUGGAGGAACUUUCUGGUGAUGGCGACAGUUUUAAAGACGAGGAACAAAGUGAAGAACAACCCUUACAAUUGACCAAGACCUGCAAGAUUGAGCCAGAUGUUCCACAGGAACCAUCAGGUGUAUUAAAAUCCUCUCCCUUCUCUUCCACCUCUGGCAGCCCACCACUGACCACCUCGCCCACUAAACCGCCUUCAAACAGCACCAACACAUCAAAGAAGUCAGCCCACCCAGCCAAAGCCAGUCCUUCACAAACACCCGUGCGCGUCUCAGGGGCUCCUUCAUCUGCAUCCACGUCCCCUGCUCUCACUCCCGCUGGGCGACCAAGAAAAACCAAGGAGCAGUUGGAUGUGUUAAAGCAGCACUUCUUGCGCUGCCAGUGGCCCAAGAGUGACGAUUACACUGAACUUGUUAAGCUUACAGGUUUACCCCGGGCAGAUGUUAUUCAGUGGUUUGGUGACACACGGUAUGCGGUCAAAAAUGGUCAGCUACGCUGGGUGAAGGGGGUCCGUGACCAGUUCUUGGCAGAACUCGCUGCCCAGCAAAGUGGCAGUGGUUUAACUAAUGGAAGUGGCUCUGGGACCUCUACCCGAGUUGGCGGUAGCCGUAAACGAAAAUCUCAAGCAAAUGGAACAAGUGCAGAUUCCCCUGAUACUCAGCCAUUGAUAGCAUAUUACCUUUCAACAGGCUCACUACAUGAAAAAGACCUUGACUCUCUAUGCAAGAAAUCAAGAAUGAGCUACCAGCAAGUGCGAGAUUGGUUUGCAUCUCAGGAUGUUGUGGAAACUGACCAAGAGCCUAUCAUUACUGAUUGAGACACUGGAACCAGACUUCAGAACAUUUAUCAAAGUAGGUGGAGUGCUCCUCACAUCCUUUGCACCAACAAGCAUAGUUAUUACUUUGGUUUAAAUUGCUUUAAUUGAGGCAGGUUUGAAACAUCCAGUCUUCCCAGUACAAGCCCCAAAUCAGGUUUGCGUUUUUUAUAUAUGCUGCAUUUCUUGCUUAUCCUAAUAUAUUUGGACUUGAAUUAUAAUUGUGCUGCCUGUGUUGCUGUAAAUAGGACAGUAACUUGUACACUGGUUUGCGUUAUUUUUUUGAGCUUAUUAUUUUUGUUUAGAUAUCACUACUACAGAUUUUUCUAGUAUGCUAUUGUAGCAGUAUAAUUUAAACUGGUUGUACUUUUGGUACCUUACUAUAGCAGAUAAGUAACUGCUCCAGAAAAUGUCUACGUUGAUGAAUUUGUUGACUGAUCACUGUGUGUCAUCAUUCCUUUACAGCCAAUAAUUCCUUAUCAUGAAAAGCACACUGGACAUGUACACUUUAAAAUGACAUCUUGCACUUUGGUUUUAGAGCCUGCUGCCAUUAUGUUCAUUAAAUCCAAUUCUUUCUCAAAAGAUGAAUUCCUAACUAAACAGUGUCAUUCUUGAUCCCUUAACAAUGAAACCUUUUAAUCAUCAUGUCUUUUGAAAACAUAAAAUAGUUCCAUCUAAUUUUAUUAAUGUCUCCGGCAUAUUUCUGAAACAUUCCUAGUUCUCUGUUGUAAUAUUUGAUUUACUAUUUGAAUACUUUGCUUGUCAUUUGCAUUUAACUGCACCUUUUUAAUAGUAAAGGUUAACAGUAUUAAGAAAGCAGCAAUCACAUUGAUAUCAUACAGAUAUCAGAAUUGCCAAUUUCAAUUUUGAUUUGCGCUCAUUGAUUCAGUCAGUAGUUUUCUCUCUUUUGUCUUAAUAGGUGUAGGCUGUGACUUGAUGGUUUAAAAUAUAGACAAAGUAGAUAACUGAUGGGGGUCCAUAUACUGUAUAAGUAGCAAAGGGUUUGAAUCCAAAGAAAAAUAACCAUUCUUUUUCUGUCAACUCAGAUUAUGAAUGAUAGUACAAACAUUAUACAUUUGAGUUCUCCGGUCAUGUAUACAUUGCUGUGUGCUGCAAGAAGAAAAAAACUCCACACUGAAGAGCCGUACUUAGUCGAUCUACAAGGAAUCGGCUUUAAAUGGAGUCAGAGUUUAGUUCCUUAGAAAUGUCUGGACAGAGGUUAGUUGACCAGAAUGUUGACAAAGCAGUAUGCAUCACUGUGUUUUGUCAUCUUAUUAGUCAUGAAAGGUUAACGCAAGUGUCAUGCUGUGGGGCAAUGUCCGUAACACUUGGUUUCCACCUUUGCAGGUGGUAUUCAAUGUAUUUUUUCACAGUUUGAAAAAAAAAAAAAUCU